AUGUCGCCUCUUCGCGCUGCCAUUCUCAUCGUUUCUGAGACCGCCAACCGAGAUGCAAGUACCGACAAAGGCAUUCCCGCUUUGCAAGAAGUCUUCGCCCAGAAUGGCGGCGACCAAUGGACGGCCAAUGACACCAGAAUCGUGACGGACAGUGUCCUCGACAUUCAGCGUGUUAUCACCGGAUGGACAGAUGGACCGGAACCCGUCAAUCUUAUCCUGACCAGUGGUGGUACGGGCUUUGCGCAGAAAGACGUUACCCCAGAGGCUAUCUCCCCGCUGAUACACAAGCAUGCCUCGGGGCUCGUGCAUACCAUGCUUGCUUCCUCUCUGGCCAUCACUCCUUUCGCCUCUAUGGCCCGUCCAGUGGCAGGUGUGCGGAACAAGACCUUGAUACUCACACUACCCGGAUCGCCGAAAGGUGCCAAGGAGAAUCUCGAAGCCGUGCUGAAACUCUUGCCACAUGCGUGCCAGCAAGCGGCUGGAGCUGACUCACGGACACUACAUGUCGGAGGCGUGAAGAAGCUGGAGGAGGAAGCUGGUGUCAGCAGUGCAACUCCAAACACAGCUGGUCAGCACGAUCACUCCCAUUCGCACUCGCACUCGCACUCGCACACCCAUGGUCACGGCCACGGACAUGGACACCAUCAUGGCCCUCGAGCUCACACAAAACCCGAAAACCGCCCAGUCACCAAUGACCCGAACGCAGGAGCGUCUCGUAGAUACCGAGAGUCCCCUUACCCUAUGCUGCCGGUCUCGGAAGCUCUCACCCAAAUCGCGACCAACACACCAGGACCCAAGGCCAUCAAAGCACCCGUCAACGAGUCGCUGAUCGGCUCUGUUCUUGCUGAAGAUGUGGUGGCAUCAGAAUCUGUCCCCGCCUUCCGCGCGAGUAUCGUCGACGGCUACGCAAUUCUCGCUUCGGACCAUCCUCUCGUGCCAUCUUCCAAAGGCGUCUUUCCCGUUGUCAGCAUCUCGCAUGCCCAAGCAGGCAAGGAGAUGCCGAAGUUGGAAAUGGGAGAGGUCGCCCGCAUCACCACUGGCGCUCCCCUUCCCCCCGGUGCAACAGCUGUCGUCAUGGUCGAAGAUACCGUCCUACGCAAAAUGACGGAUGAUGGAAGGGAAGAAGCUGAAAUUGAAAUCCUCACUGACGCGAUCAAACCUGGGGAGAAUGUGCGCGAGCCUGGAUCAGAUGUCAAAGCCGGAGCGACGAUAUUGCGCAAGGGUGAAGCCAUUACUGCAAUCGGUGGCGAAUUCGGUCUCCUCGCCUCUGUCGGCACGCGCGAAGUCUCCAUCUACACUCGUCCCAUCGUCGGAGUACUCAGCACGGGCGACGAGAUCAUCCCGCACGACACACCACGUGAAUUGCGACUCGGCGAAGUCCGCGACACGAAUCGUCCCACUCUUCUCACAGCAAUCCGAGGUCAAGGCUACGAAGCAAUCGAUCUCGGCAUCGCAUCUGAUCAACCCGGCUCCUUAGAGGAAUCUCUCGGCUCUGCAAUGCGAAACUGCGACGUCAUCAUCACCAGCGGCGGCGUCAGCAUGGGCGAACUCGACCUUCUCAAACCGACCAUCGAACGUCAACUCGGAGGCACGAUCCACUUUGGUCGUGUAAGCAUGAAACCUGGAAAACCAACUACUUUCGCCACUGUACCAUUCAAAUCCAACACCGGAGAAGACCAAACAAAGGUCGUCUUCUCCCUUCCUGGAAAUCCUGCAAGCGCGGUUGUCACGUUCCAUCUUUUCGUAUUGCCGGCUUUGCAUAAAAUGAGCGGGAUUUCUCCCGUGGGGUUGCCGACUGUUAUGGUUUCAUUGGAGCAGGAUGUUAGACCUGAUCCGAAGAGAGCGGAGUAUCAUCGUGUUGUGGUGAGGGCGAGGAAGGACGAUGGGCAGUUGUGGGCGACGAGCACGGGAUUUCAGAGAAGUAGCGCGAUUGGGAGUUUCAAGGGGGCGAAUGCUCUGCUUUGUUUGCCGAUGAGGGAGGAGGUAUUGAGGAAGGGGGACAAGUGCGAGGCGUUGUUGAUGGGAAGGGUCGUUGGGGAGGUCUGAGGAAGCC